CCUUCUUUUUCGCAUUAAUUACGUUUGUUUUACGAUUAAAAAUUAUUUAAUAAUGCUGUAUUAAUAACAAUAUGCUCAAUACAUUUGAUUUACGGCGCAAUCAUUUGCAAUUUUGCAAAUAUUGCGAGAUUUGCUAUCGUAAAUUCGAGUUAUAUUCGCGAGCAUGUCGAUUCUGAACACGUUACAUCGAGCAGGAACAUUGGCGCUAGCGAGUUUAACUCAUAAAUUUAAUCCAGCGAGAGCUAUCACGUUUUCGCUCACGCGUUGUUCCGAGGAAGGAAAUGCAACUGAAGGUGAUAGUGCAGCUGCAGAGACAGCUCCCAAGGUUGCGCGUGUACCAAUUAUACCAGUAGAGACUAGUAUCGAGUACAUGAAUAGCGAUGCUUACAAGCAGGCUUAUGGGGAUCAUCCGGUAUGGAAGCACUAUAGGAGAAAUUUUAAAGGGAGCAUUCCACCUAGGAAAACUCGAAGAACUUGUAUAAGAAGUGGUCAAAUUUCCACUGGAAAUCCAUGUCCCAUAUGUAGAGACGAAUAUCUCGUAUUUGAUCAUAGAAACGUCAAGCUGCUUGAGCAAUUCAUCGACAAACAUAACGGGAAUGUCCUGAGUUACUCGAAAACAAAUAUCUGUCAAAAGAGACACAAAGAACUUGUAAUUGCGUUAAUGAGGGCCAAGGAUUACGGGACAAUCACGUACGACGUUCCUAUAAGGCAGUACGAUUAUUCAGAGUGGAAACCGUCAAACAAUUAAUCUUUAAUUGCUUAUAUCGUCGUACUGCGUGAAACGGCUGUAUACCCCUUCAUUAAAUAUGGAUGAAUUCAAGGAAAA